AUGCGCGGCGCAUACAGAGGCGACGACAGCGACUCCAAGUCGUCCGGCACUGAUGAGCGACACAUGGGGUCUGCGAUGCUGAAGCGCGCGACAUGGUCCCCUGAGGAGGACUCGCGCCUGCUGGAGCUGGUCCACCGGUACGGCGCCCAGAACUGGACCGUCAUUGCGUCGCACAUGGGCAACGGCCGCAACGGCAAGAGCUGCCGGCUGCGGUGGUUCAACCAGCUGGACCCGCGGGUCAACAAGGAGCCCUUCACAGAGGACGAG